AAUGAAUCUUUCUUUUCCUUCUUCUCCUUCUACUUCAUUUGAAGAACAAUAAAGACACUAAAGUUCAUAGUUAUCGACUUAUAAGCGUUAUCAAUUUUUCAAUAAGCAAACACCACAAAAUCUCAGGCAGCAAAACUAACAAAAUCAGACCAUGAAUCAUCAAGAAGCUAUUACUUGCAUCGAAAACAAUUUCGAGCCGUUUAGGGAAGUCAAAUUUUUGAAGGAGCUAAACCUACAAAGUGUUAAGGCUGCUAAGGAUAUAUCUAAAAAAGCGGACAGAAAUAUAUUACAAAGAAAGAAUGCCCGAGCUUAUCAAAUGGUACAAGGUGACCCACAAGUCGAUUCUCGCUUCCCAAAAGCUCCUACGCGCUCAAGAAGAAAAAGAGUUUUAUGAAGAGUUGUUUGAGAUCGGGGCGGAAGAAAAAAGAGAGCAUAACGAGGAGAGUGAAGAAGAAGAAGUAGGAGAAGAGAAAUCAAACUUCUUGACCAUGAAGCCGGAAAGUAAAUGGUACCUCUCAACUGGAAAAUGUGUGGAAGAUGAGCUAUUUGCACUCGGAAUGCAGUGCCAGCAUGAUCACCCUUCCCAUUCAUCCAUCAUCGUUGCAAGAGAUAACAAUUACAAGACAUGUAAACCACAUAAUUCGCAUGAUCUUGAUUGGGUCCAAUUUACUAUCUAUGCUUUACUAAGAGAGUGCGAGUCUGGCAGCUUAGAGAAGGAUCACAGCGAAGCCUGUUAUAUAGCCCACGUCUGGCAUUUUGUUGAUACAGUGUUCAACGGUGAAGACAAAAUCACUAUUCUGAAAUGUUCCAAAGAUUCAACCAAAAAAGAAAGAAGAUGGGGGGAAAGAAAAUUUCUAAUAGAGGACGGAUUCAAAACGCCAAAGAUCCAAAAAAACAACGCAAGAGUUGUUGCUAAAGCCGAGAACUCUGCAAAGAUGGCGCUGUUUAUUAAAAAGUCUGUUCCUCCUCCAAGUUCCAAGAAACAAAAGCUAGCAGAAAUUACUGAGAAACAAACGAAAGGUACAAAUACUACAUAUUAUAAGAACUUCAUCAGCUAUAUUUUUGUAGUUCCCUAA